AUGCCGGAACGAAUUCAACCUCGACCAAUCACAAAGAUCUUGGUGGCGAAUCGAGGUGAAAUCGCCGCCCGCAUCCUCUCAACAUGCCGCGAACUGAACCUCGAGACCUACGCCUUGUACAGCGAAAACGACAUCUCCCACGUCUUCAACGCCUCCCAUGCCAUCCAGCUCGACUCCGCUGCGGACUACAUGUCCGUCGACAAGAUGCUGCAGAUCGUCCAGGAACACCGCAUCGACGCUCUGCACCCCGGUUAUGGAUUUCUCUCCGAGAGCGCCGAGUUAGCGGACCGCAUGGGGUCGAUAGACGUGAUGGUCGUGGGACCCGGAGCGGAGAAUUUAGGUCGCACGGGGGAUAAACUGGAGGCGAGGAAGUUGGCGGAGAUGUGCGGGGUUCCUGUCUUGCCGGCGUUCACGAGUCCGACGGGGGACGUCGAGGAAGUCGAACGGUUUGCUGAGAAGAAUGGCUUUCCGAUCAUGGUCAAAGCGGUCGAUGGGGGUGGGGGACGGGGGAUCCGACUCAUUCGGCGGAGUGAGGAUUUGAGGAGUCUGGUGACGAGGGCGGUGGAGGAGAGUCCGACCAAGAAGGUUUUCGCGGAGAAGGCGGCGGUGGAUGGGUACAGGCAUGUGGAGGUGCAGAUUUUGGGGGAUGGGAGGGGUGGGGUGUGUCAUCUUUGGGAGAGGGAGUGUAGUAUUCAGAGGCGGUAUCAGAAGGUUGUGGAGUUGGCGCCGAGUAUGUGUGCGGAUCGAAGGGUUGUGAAGCCGGUUGUUGAGGCGGCUGUGAGGAUUGCUAAAGAAGUCAAAUACGCCUCCCUAGGCACCUUUGAAUUCCUCCUCAACCCCCACACGCAAGAGUUCUUCUUCCUAGAAAUCAACCCCCGCCUACAAGUCGAACACACCAUCACGGAAUCCAUCUGCUCGACCGACAUCGUCAAAGCCCAACUCCGCCUCGCCCAGGGCGCCUCCUUCUCAGAAAUCGGCCUCGAUGGCUUAUCCCAAGACCCCCUGACUCCACCACAACAACACUCCAUCCAACUCCGCGUGACGGCCGAAGACGUCGAAAAGAACUACGCCCUCAGCAUCGGCAAAAUCACAUCCUUCCACUUCCCCUCCGGCGUGGGAACCCGCGUGGAUACCGCUCUGGUCCCCAACGCCCCAGCAAUCGUCACCUCGGACUUCGACAGCGUCAUCGCCAAAAUCAUCAUCACCGCCCGAACCUUCCCGGACGCCGUCGCCAAAGCCCGUCGCGCGUUGCAGGAUACCUCUGUCACAGGGAUUCAGACGAACCUUCCUCUUUUACGAGCUAUUGUCUCGCAUGAGGACUUCGAACAACGGAGUUGCGACACGCAAUGGCUCGAGGCGAAACACGAGGAACUCCUCUCACUCAGCAAAACGUCCCACGACAUCAAAGACCCCCUGCACGGUCUCGCCACCUCGCAAUCCUCCUCCUCAUCGACAUCCUCCGCACUCGCAGCGGCAGGAGGCGGAAGUGCAGGCCCGCUGCUCAAAAAAGACGACGCCUGGAAACUCGUCCUCCAACCCCAAGACUCCAAACAGGAAGAACAAACCCACCACCUCCACCUCCAAAAAAUCCUCCAAUCCGACUUCCCCACGUCCUUGCGCGCCCAGAUCCUCUACACAACCCCUGCCUCCCCUCACCCCAUCCCCUACACCCUAUCCCUCUCCUCCACCACAGCCUCCAGCUCCGCCAUGAUCUCCUCGCACCCGCAGGGCAACAAAUCCGACCCCUCGCAUAUCAUCUUGCCGCUGUCGGGGAAGUUGGUGGAGGUCUGUGUGGAUGAGGGGGAUGUGGUGGAGAAGGACGAGGCGGUGGCGGUGGUGAGGCAGAUGAAGAUGGAGGUCGAGGUGAGGAGUCGCAGGAGGGGGGUUGUGAAGUGGGUGACGGAGGCGGAGGACGGGGAGGAUGUUGGGGAGGGAAUGUUGGUUGCUGUUGUUGUUGAGGAGGAGGGGAGGGCGAAGUUGUAG